GGGCCGGCUCCGGGACCGGGGCCGGGGGAGGGCAGCGCCCGCCCGCCCCAAACGGGGACAGCGCCCGGAGCCGCUGCGGGGUCGGGGCCGGCCGCACCAAGGCACGAUGCGGGCACCGCUGCUGCUGCUCCUGCUGCUGCUGCUGCUGCACGAUGUCAGCUCUGACGAUGUUCCUGGGACGGCCACAGUGAUCCCAGAAAGUAAGCAGACCACCACCUCCACAGCCACCAGCAACGUUCAAGAGAACUCCACGACCAAGCCAAGCACACAAUCUCCCAACCCCGGGGUGUUGCCCUCUGCAGCUUCAGAGGCAGCCUCCACAAGCAAAACGGGAAGCCCAACACCCUCUACCACUACGAUGUCACCCACACCUCCUCCGAAGUCCACCGCUACAAGCCAUCUGACAAGGUCACCCACCACCCAGCAACCAGCAGCCCCAACUGCAGCCAAAACGACCACAGACAAGCAGGGUGGCUCUACACCAACCACCACCACAUCGCCCAGUACUCUUCAGGUCCACCCUUUGACCAACUCCACGACCACCCCUGUGGCAUCCACCAGCACCACCCAGCAGAAUACCACCACUGCAGCCACCUCGGGAGCCAAGCCCACAGGAAACCUUGUUCCCACCCAGCCAGCCAGCCCCCCAACCACCUCGACGGGCUCAGUGGCUACUGUCACGACAACUCCGUGCAGCGUGGGUAACGUGAGCUGCUCCUCGGGCCAGUUGACCAGCAAUGUUGGGAGCACUUCAGACCCACAAGCCAACCUUCCACCCAGCACCAAGAACCACAAUGUCUCUUCUCCCCCAUCCGUCACCAACCAGUCUGACUCUUCUCCUGCUUCUCCAGUCCACGGGCCGGCCUCUUCUACCCCUUCUGCUGCAACCGUGUCCUCUGCCUCUGGUAAAACAUCUCCGUCUUCACCAACUGGCACCACAAGAAAGGUCCCAGAUGUUGCCACCACAACGACUCCUCGCGCAGACCGCACAAGCCAAGGACUUGUGCCAGACAAAACCGGAGCUACUGAGCAGAGCCCCAGCAGUGCCCAGCCGUCAGCACCAGCCCAGGGGGACCAGACGAUCAGCAGCAGGCCUGACCAACAGCACCCUAAUAUUUCCUUCAAAAAUGAGAUCGUUUGUAAAGACCAGAUCCAAGACACAUGGCCCAUCAUAAAUCUGAAAGAAGCUAAAACCUGUACCGACUGGACGGCUGCCAGCAGAAACGAGUCCUUCUUCGAGCUCUUCUGCUCCAUAGGGCGACAGGCGUUCGACGUCCACAGGGACAAGUGCACCGUGACGCUGGCCUCCUCCACGCCCCAGCGCUGGGCUGUGCACGCGGUGGUGCACCGCCUUUUACAACCCGAAGACGUCUUCGAGGAGCUGAAGGAGAAGAGGAACGAGCUCGAGAAGCUGGGCAUCGUCAAUGUCACCUACCUCAACCAGGAGAUGGAGGAGGAGGUGAAGGACCAGUUCAGCACGCCCCUCAUCAUCACCAUCAUCACCCUGGCCUGCUCCCUGCUGCUGGUGGCGGCCAUCUACGGCUGCUGCCACCAGCGCUUCUCCCAAAAGAAGAACCAGCAGCACAUCCACCCUGACCUCCCCGGGUUUGAUGAUGGACGUGCCAUCCUGAUCUUUAAUCAGCGCCUGACGGAGGAGCUGCAGACGAUGGAGAACGGCUACCACGACAACCCCACGCUGGAGGUGAUGGAGACCUGCUCGGAGAUGCAGGAGAAGAAGGUGAACCUCAACGGGGAGCUGGGCGACAGCUGGAUCGUCCCUCUCGACACCAUCAUGAAGGAAGACCUGGAGGAAGAGGAGGACACGCAUUUAUAGGAUACGGAACUUGAUCCCGCAAGAAACAACACCCCCCAGAAACCCCCAACUCCCCUUAAAAAAAAAAUAACCACAACCCCCCCAUACACACGCACAAUUCCAAAACAACUCAAAAUUCCCAGAAAAUCCCUUGUGAGCUCAUCACAGCCACCAGGUGGGGUGCAGGAUGGCAGGGGGAGGGAUGCGAGCAGAGAGCUCCGUGGUCACCACAGCACCCGCAUCGGGACGAGCGGCUCCGUCACCCAUGGGUGCUCCUCGGGACCAACCCCAUGGGACCCAAAGGGGUGAAGGGGACGGUUUUGCUGCCCUGCUCUCCUUCAAGCAGGGAUGCCCGAGGGGUUUUUUUCCCAGCAGGGAUGCUGUGUUCCCUCCCAUCCAUCCAAAAGCAGCCUCCAGCUACUGAGCGACCCCAAAAAUGAAAAGAAAUACCACGAGGAUGGGAACCGGAGCGCAGCCCCCAACAGCAAACCCGGAAACCAGAGCUCCAAAAUUCCUCCAGCCCAUGGUUUUUAAUCAUCACCCUGCCCUCCCCUACACCCUUCCCUUGCAGAAUGCCCAGGUAUGGAGCAGGAGGAGCCGAACCAGCCCCUUUGCUCCCUUUCCAGCCAGUUCCCAUCCCUGCUGAGCUGCUGGAUGAAAACGCGCCACGGCCGCGCUUUGGGGCACAAGCAAAUGCCCGGGGAUGCCAAAUCCCACCCUGCCUUCAGCUGCCCCACAACGGGCUCCAGGGCUGGGGCAAUUUCUUGUUCCAGACCAGGAAAGGUGACGGGAAGGAUGCAGAAGAUUUUGCUUUAAUGUUAAAGGGAGAGGAAAAGGAAUCACUCCUUGAUUUCAUCCUUCUGAGGAAGCGUUUAAAGAGACCUGGAGCGGUGCCCGAUCGCCAGCCCAGGCGCACAGUUGUGAGUUGUGUUGGUUUUAUUCUGCUGUAAAGGAGCCCAGCCCAGCUCUGCGGCUGGAUUUACCUCUGGAAGCAUCUGAUCACCUGCCAGGAACGCUGCAGCAGCACCACACAUCCUCUGCCAGGGCUGGUGGCAACGUGCACAGCAAUUUUUGGGGGGUCACAGUGUCCUGCGUGAGCCGCAGAAGAGAUAAAAGAACAGCAGAAGCGCGAGCCAGGUGGCUCGGAGGCAGCUUUCCACCCUCCCAGCCCUUGGUGUUUCCUCCCCACGAGGCUGAUCAGCUCAAUCCACAUCCUCAAGCUUCUCCUUUCUUCUUGAGCAAGCGGCCGAAGGAGCAGCGAUGCGCAGAGCAGCCUCCAGCUCAGCUCACCAAACCUCAUCCCACAGCCCUCAGUCUCCCCUCAAGGGCUCCCUUCGCAGUAAAUCUUUAGAGGGGGGCAAAAAUCUGAGCAGAAAGUGGCUGGACUGAGGCAUUCCUGGUUUUCCCCUUCCCAUCCCAGCUCCUCGCUGGGUCUGGAGGGAUGGGGAGGUUGCAGAGCUUGGGACGCAGCACAGCACCCAAGCAGGGUCCUCCUGCCUUGCUCCCAUCAAGGAGGAGGUUUCCUUCGGGUUAACACCACGGGGACCCCUUCCCGUGGCCGUCCCCGAAGCUGGGUAAAGCAGAAGGGAUGGCAGAUGCCUCGCGUCCUCUGGGCCAGCUCUUCUCCCUUCGCUCCUGCACUGACGGACAGUUGGAAGCGUUGGAGCCUAUCUGGUUUUUGUCUGUAAAUAACUCCUGCUGCCCAUUAGCGAUGUACUCAGCGCACUUCACUUAUCAUCUGUGCACCGCACUACGGGGAAGUGAUUUUGGAGGGGGGAAACAAAAAAAAAAUCAGAGAAAAAAAAAAAAAAGAAAAAAAGAAGAAAAAAAAAGCUAAAGGCCAAUCUGGGAGGGGACCAAAAACUCGCCACGAAGCAGGAAAACGCCUCCCUGCUGGAGCUGGACAGCCCAGGGCCGGUGCCUCCGCAUGGGUGGCAGCGAGCUCGGCUCCUUAACAUCCCAACAAGCCUUAACGAACCCUUAACGAAGCUCGCAGCUGCUUCCCGGAUCGAGUGCCCCAAUUCGGCGACCUCGCGGCUCGGUCCUUGGCAGCCGGCAGAAGCCCAGGAUCCCCUUCCCGGGGCAGAGAUGCCAAAGUGCUUUAAGGAGUCAGGUCCAAAGACUUUCCAAGAGAACCCUACAAAGGCUUGAGGUCAAGCAACCUUAAAAUCUUUCAGAGCAGAGACCGGUGGAGAUAUCGACUGCUCGGCAAGUGCUUAUAGUGAUUUAUAUUUGAAUAGGAAUUGUACAUUUAUUUAUUUUUCCAGACACCAUAUUUUUAAACCACUAAUAUUUUAUAGUAGAUCUUCCUUCCCCUAUUUAAAGAACUAUUUCCUUGGAAAAAAAAAGAAAAGAAAAAAAAACAGUAAGUUUUUAUGUUGGUAACAUUCUUUUUUUUUGCAAAAAUAAAUAAAAUAAAUCAGGUAGGAAAUGCAGCGACGAGCAUCUCUGGCCUUAAUACUUCCCUUCGUAGACCGUAGCCAUGACUGUUAGACCAAAAAAAAAAGAAAGAAAAAAAGAAAAGAAAAGAAAAAAAAUAAUCUCCCCAGGCAUUUCCUCCCUCCCUGCCCCUCUCCCCUCUUCCCCUGGCUUCUCUCCUCUUCCCCUACCACAGCUUUAAGGUGGGAGCCGCCGUGCGAAGCGAUGGGGACUCGUUGCCUCCUGGCGAGCCUUUGGGAUGCUCUCGCAAGGAGACGUCUCCACUCGCAGACCCUCCGGGAGGGUGGACAUAGGUUUAGGAUCAGUUUUCUCCCGCUCACGGCGCCGUGGCCCCGCCGAGGAGGACGCAGCCACCCAGCCCCGCACGCCUCCCGCGGCUCUCGCCGUUGCCUCCCGCGGGGACAGGAGUCUGACGUACACUGGAAUUUAACCGAGGAUUUAACUGGAUCGCGGAGAUUCUUCUGGCAUUUUCCUACAAAUAUAUAUAUUUUGAGAGCAUCAUGUAUUUCUGUCAAUAAAGGUUCGUAUGGAA